UGUAUCAUUACCCCUAUUUAUUUUACCACAAAACUGCAGAGGGAGGAAGAUACAAAUGCCCGUCUCCCAGUGCGACCGACUCUACCAAGCGCUGAGAGACUGCCACCGUCGACUCCCGGCGGGGCCACAGCGGGAGGCAGCGUGCCGCCACCUGAACCGCUCGCUGGCUGAGUGCUUGGUGGCGGUGUCGUGCCCUGAUGAAUCUGAGGCCGUCAAAGCCCUCUGUUCCACCGGUGGGACCGCUCUCAAGCGAUCUCAGUGCCAACAAGCCCAGCUCUCCUUAGCUGUUUGCCUCUCUUCCCAUCAAAGCCAAUCCUAAAUCCUAAUACCAUAACCCACAAAUUCCUCUCUCUGUUCACUUCGAUAUCAAAGCGCACCAAUCCCUUCUUUUUGUGGUUGGAGGUGGAGUUAGGUGAUGGUAGUUCUAAAAGAGGUGUGUGAUGGUUUUUGGUUAGGUAACAAAGUGCCCGUUCGAGUGGUAAGGUAAAUUUUAUGUGAGUCGGUUCAUAUUAGUUUGUGUGUGAUUCAAUAAUAAAAUUGAAAACUAUUAUUUAUUUUUUGUUUCAAUUGUUGUGUGAAUUGGUUUGAAUAGUUCUUUGCAUGAUUUGAUUUUUGGGUGUGGUCUUAUAUUUCCUUUUCUUUCUUUCUUUUUUUUUUCCGUAUAAUUUUGACAAAGAAAUGAAGAUAUAUAAAAGAGUUUGGAGAAAAAAAGACCAUAUCUGGUGGAGUAAAACUUUACGAGGGACCUUUUUCGAUGGUCCAUAUUGGUAACAACUUAAGCUUCUCAGUAGGCCGUGCAUAACUUCUUUUAAUAGUAACCAUGCAAUUCCCUAAAGGUUAUUGUUGCUCUUUUAUUUUUAUUUUUUCAAUAGUAGGAUUGCAACAUAAUUUAUUGGUUUUUUUCCCAUGACAAUAUUCGAUUGUGAGUCUGUUGUACAUCACAAAAGUUUUUCAGGUAGUUGGUUGAAAUUAGUUUUUGUGUGAUGGUUAUAUAUGUUAAUUGCUUUCAAAAGAGUUGAUAGUGAGUGGGUUUGUGAAUGUUUUCAAACCCUAAACUACAAAAGUGGAGGAUCCAAAAACAGAGAACCCAAAAACGACAAAAUUGAUCCAAAAUUAUUCCACCCAAAACCAUGCCCAUAGCCGAGUUGCGACUAACUCUUCCUCUCUUUGGUCCUCUCCUGCCCUCUCUUUGUCUCUUCAUAUGUUACACCUUUUCAAAUUAAAUUAUAUAUGAAGAAUUGAAUUUUAACUGUUUGAUGAAAUUACCAAGAGGGCCAAUCUUUUUAUAUUAUAUCCAAGUUGAGUUUGCGAAAUUUGGUAUUGUUGAUUUAUUCUAGGGUCGCCGAAAUUGAGUUUGAAUCUUUGAUCAAGGCUAGGUUGAGGGAGGGGGAAGGAUUUGAAAGGGAAGUAUAUGAAAAUUACUUUAAAUAUUGCUUUUGGUGCGGACGAGUGCAUAUUUUGUUUGAGCUAAUGAAUGUGCUUUAAAUUUUCGAAAGUUUAUUGAUUGGGUGACUUUGCUUCUCUCCAAGCUCAUCCACUGCCUCUACCUAACACACAGUGCCAAGGCUUCGUCUUUUAUUAUAUAUUACUUUUUUUUUUGCUUUUUAAUCCUUUCCUUUAAACUUUUACAAAAAUAGUAUAAAUUUUUGUGAGAGAUUUUGUCUGGCUUCUUAUGGUUUGUUGCUUUUCUCUCUAUUUCCUUUAUACUUUUAGAAUAACAAUAUUCAUAUAGAGUAAUGCGAUGGUGUCCAAUAAUUUUGAGUCACACGUGGUGAUUGUUGCGGGUGCCAACAAUUAGGGUUGAGGGAGAUAAAUGAUGAUUGUAAAGGCGAGAAUCAUUUGGAGUGAGAUUUAAGAGUUAUUUCCCUAACUAAAUCAGAAUUUUGGGAUGAAUUAGCAAGUAUAUUUCCAAGUUAUUAAAACAUAAAGUUGUUAGGGAAUAGCAACUCAAUUUUGGAGGUUUUGAUUUGAUUAGUUGGACAGAAGCACUUCUAUUUGUCUGCACAUGUACCACUGUUCUCCUUUGUCCAUUGGAAAGGUCAUCGAGCACAUUAAUGUGUUUGUUCGUUUGCAGCAUCUCUCUCUCUUUCUCUCUUCUCUCUUUUCUCUCAGCCUAUGCUUCUUGGGUAAGAUGAAUGUAAGAGUAUAUGAGCUGUUCAAUUUUCUUGGAUUCCACAUUUCUAUAACCUAUUUGAUAAAAUUUCUCUUUGGAGUUUUAGAUCCUUCUUGAACAUUCAAAGCAUCUAAAUUCACAUUCUCGAUUUUGCAUGGAUAGUCAAUCUAAAGCAUUCCACAUAUAAAUGGAUCAUAAGAAAUAAACCUGUUUUUUUUUCCAGAUUAAUUAGUGUUCGAUUGAAGUAAACCAGAUAAGAAAUUGAGAGUUUAGUUGUGAUGGAUUUUCUAGAAUAAGUUUCAUCCGUAUAAGCAUGCAUCAUAAAUAAAUUAUAAUUUCAUUGCAUGGGAAAUUCUUCUGCUAUGAAAUAGUUCUUGGUUUGGGACAAGAAGUCUAUCAAGAAGUCAAGGUAACCUAUUCUCUCUCAGCUACAUAUAUGAUCUAAUUUGUAUGAUUCUUAUUGUAAUUUGUAGGCUGAUUUUAAUUGCGUAAAAUUGUGAUUAUUUUGAUUCUAAUCUCUAUGUUUGUGUUUUGCGCCAAAAGUUAAGCGAAGUUCUCAUCAACUUAAGAAUUUUGUCUAAAUUGAGUGAAGGCUCUUCGGUAACUUUUGUGGUAUUUAUUUCUAUCUACUUGAAUCUUCCAAGUUAAAGUCACGCCUUCCAAAUUCUAUGCAUGAUUUAUGUUGGAUACUAAUCUUGUGGAGGCUUAAGGUGAACCUUUUAGGUGCCGAUGUGCUUUAUUGUAUUUAGGAUGUUACUGCCUUUUGUCUUAUUUCACAAUUAGUGUAUGCAAUCAAGAAGGAUCAUAUUAUUGACGUUUUUGUCCAAUGAAGAUAUGAUAAAUCACUUUUUUGGGUUCUUUAUAUUUCCGUAAAUUCAUAUGUCUGGAUAUUUUCUUGUGUUUGUUUGUUCAAUUGAAUCAAGAAAUGACAUCAGUGUUCAUUUGAGAGAUGUGGAGAAUUUUAGAUAUUCAUUUGUACAUUGAUUCCUUAUUUAUCUGGAGUUUGUGUUUGAAUUUGGUAGAGUAAUUUCGAUGGAAAAGUGCUACCAAUUACUAGCCUUUUAUCUAGAGCUUGUUUUAAUUUUCUUUUUAUAUUGUAGCAAAAUUGAAACUUCAAUUUGAAUUUGGGAUUUUGUUUCGGCAUUGGACUAAACAAGGUUAGGUUCGGUGCAUACAUUUUUUUUUUCUUUUGUAGUGUAUUUUCUGAAAAAUGAUCCAAAUUGACUGUUUUUUUAUUUGUUACAUAAUACCUUUAAGGGCAUAUUUUUAUGUAUGUGAAUUUUCAUGUUUAAAGGAGUUAGAAUAUAUAAUUUCAUUGUUAGUGAAUCAAUUUUUUAUUGGGUUCAAUUGACAAUUGUGGAUUUAAUAUUAAUAUUAUGAUGUCACAGUCGUUGACAAAUGGUUGUUUUGAGCCAUGACUGUGGCAUGACUGUGAGUUACGUAAUUGGUUUUAGUCUUGUUUUCUUUAAGCAUGCCUGUACUAAAUUACUAGCCUUUAAAUUCUGCUAUGUUUUUAGAAAAAAAGUUCCUUGAAAUUUUCUUGUUUCUUUUUUUUUCUCUAACUUUUGUGUGCAUAAUGUAGUGCACGCAAUGCUCUUUGCCCAAUGUUUGUUUGUGUUAAACACUGUUGGCCACUGUAUCAGUUGGUUACCCUUUUUAUUGGGAGGAUAUUAGUUAAAAUACUAAUGAUGAAUUGUUGUUUGAUCCAGUGUUAUUUAAGGCGUAAAGUGAAUUGAAGCGACAAGACUCCUAACGCCUAGGCGA